AUGAAGUUUCUCGCUUUCGCUAUCUUCGCAGCACUCACUCCUCUCGUCUCUGCCUGGUCGGUUUCCGUUUAUGUGGGCGACGACCAGACUUGCUCGACGACGUCUCCGACUACCAUUACGGACGUAGCUCCUGGUGACUGCGUUCCCCUGACUGAAGAGUCCAACAUCAGCUCGGUCAAGUUCGAUCCUAGUGUAGGCAACGGACCUUUCACCGGUGGACUUGAGAUCGACUUCUACCAAUCUAUUGAGUUUUGCGGAGAGGGUACUGGGGCCUCCGUCAAGUAUAACGCUAGCAGCACCCAGGAUUGCCAAGGUGCCACCCAGGCCAUAACUUACUACAAGGUCUGGAACAUUACUAGCUCGUAA